UUUUCAGAAGGAAAAACAGUCAGAAUUCACUUCCAGAAAUAAAAAAAAGAAGAAGUCGGUUUUCCGUUAAUGAUGAUGAUAUCAGAAGCAAACAUAGAAGAAGAAGAAGGAGAGAGCAGAAAUAGCAUAUUUCCGGAAUUAAAGGAAUAUUGUUUACAGCUUCUAGAAUUUAUCAGAAACCCUAACAAUAACAAUAAAGGCACCACUGCAGUUUCUGCACUUGUUCAUUUCAUCCGCCGUUCUCCUCCUCACUCUCUCCAACCUUUCUUCGACUAUACGUUAUUCCCACUGCUGCUUCUGUUAGAAGAAGCAGUGGAAUGCAGAUCUUCAAAAAACAAGUUAGACGAAAAUUCACGUAAAAUAAGCGAUGCUGUGGCCGAACAUGUGAUUAAUUGCUUGGAAGAGCUACUAGUUAAGUGUCGUAUAGGAUCUGUGGAUCAGAUGGUUGUGUUAUUGAAAAAGUUGACAAAUGCCGCGUUGUUGUCUCCGUCUGAAGCAUCAGAGGAGUUCCGUGGAGGUGUUGUUAAGUGUUUUAAGGCACUGAUCGACGGUUUAUGUUCUUGUUCUAAUUCAAGUUGCAUAUGUAAACAAAUAAACCUUCUGCCUAUGCUUAUGGAAAAAAAAGUUGCAAAGUCAUAUCCGAGAAAUGAAGUAGACAAUGAGGAAUGUUUACUUGCGUUUCUUCGUUCUCAGUCUGCAACUGUUACUGUUGGCCAUUGGCUAUCACUUCUGCUAAAAACUGCAGAUGUUGAGGCGACAAGGGGACGUGUAGGAAGCUCUAAGCUUCGUGUGGAAGCUUUCAUGACACUUCGUGUGCUUGUUGCUAAAGUUGGUACAGCUGAUCAACUAGCUUUCUUUUUACCUGGCGUUGUUAGUCAAAUUGGAAAAGUUUUGAUUGUAUCAAAAACAAUGAUUAGUGGGGCAGCUGGAAAUACGGAAGCUAUGGACCAAGCACUUAGAGGCUUGGCUGAGUUUCUUAUGAUAGUUUUUCAGGACGAGGCUAAUCUAUCUGUUCUUGAUGACACUGACACUGAGUUACACAUUGAGAAAUCUCCAUUGUUGCUUCUGGAGGAGUUACGCCGUUUACCUGGCAAAAAGCAAGACCAGGUUGAGAUUUUACCAUUGCAUUCUCCACAAAAGUCUUCACAAUCUGAUAUGAAAAAAUCUUUGCAUGUGGAACGUACAAGAGAUUGGAUUGAAACCGCUUCUUCUCAUGUGAAUAAAAUUUUGUCAGCAGUUUUUCCACAUCUUUGUGUUCAUCCAGCCAAGAGGGUGAGACAGGGGACCAUCGCUUCUAUAAAGGGACUCUUGUCGACAUGCAGUCGCACAUUGAAGGGAAGCAGGAUAAUGCUUCUGGAAUGUUUAUGUGCUUUAGUUUCUGAUGAUGAUGAAGAGGUGUCGACAUCUGCUCAGAUGUUUUUUGAAAGUUUGUUAUCAUCAAGUGGGAACCAUCACAUAAAACAUGAUAUUGCUGAUAUAUUUAACAGGCUAUUUGAAAAGCUCCCGGAAGUAGUAGUUGCAGGGGAGCAGUCACUUGUACAUUCUCAGAAGUUACUUGUAUUAAUUUAUUACUCCGGUCCCCAACUUGUUAAAGAUCGUUUAUUCCAUUCUCCCGUGACAGCUGCCCGGUUCUUUGAUACCCUGACCCUCUGUUUAGGUCAAAAUUCAGUAUUUACUGGCUCUUUGGAUAAACUUCUUUUGGAGAGACCAUCUUCAGCUGGGUACUUGCGAUCUAUAACCGAGAUGAAAGCUAUUACUUUUUUUUCAAAUGACAAGAAGGCUGUUGCUGAGUCUAGUUCUUAUGAAGAUCAAAAUUCUUAUAAAAUACAAAAUGAAUUUGAUCUUCCACGUAUGCCACCUUGGUUUUCUUUCUCCGGCAAUCAGAAACUUUACCAGUCACUUGCAGGGAUCCUUAGACUUGUUAGCUUGUCUCUUGUUGCAGGUUCUCAAAGUGAUGGCGAUUUAUCAAUUAUUAAAGAUAUUCCACUGAGCUACUUGCGUAAAUUGAUUGGUGAUGUACGAAACAAAGAAUACACAAAUGAGAGCUGGCAAUCUUGGUAUAGCAGAACUAAUUCGGGGAAGCUUGUUAGACAAGCAAGUACAGCUGUAUGCAUCUUGAACGAGAUGAUAUUUGGUUUAUCAGACCAGGCAGUUGAUAAUUUGAAAACAAGGUUUCACAAUAACAUAUCUGGUUGGAAUGUUUCUGUAAAAAAAGAUCUGAGGAGUCAAAUGAUUGAUUGCAUCGGCAGUAUCUUGCAUGAGUAUUUAUCUCCUGAAAUCUGGAAUCUUCCACUAGAACAAUCCAAUAUUGGAGCUGGAGAUGUUACCUCACACCUUUUUCAUGAUAACGCAAUGCUGCACCAGGUCAUAAUUGAUGGGAUAGGCAUCUUUAAUAUGUGUCUAAAGAGGGAUUUUGUGGCAAGUGGGUUUCUUCAUUCCUCUCUCUAUGUGUUACUGGAGAAUCUUAUUUGCUCAAACUUUCAAGUCAGACGCGCAUCGGAUGCUGUCUUACAUGUCAUUUCAGCUACAUCUGGUUAUCCAACGGUGGGCCACUUAGUUUUGGCAAAUUCAGACUAUGUGAUUGAUUCAAUAUGUCGACAGCUGCGCCAUUUGGAUCUUAAUCCCCACGUUCCAAGUGUUCUUGCUGCCAUUUUGUCCUACAUAGGUCUUGCUCACAAAAUAUUGCCGUUGAUGGAGGAGCCAAUGAGGUCUAUUUCACAGGAACUUGAGAUUCUUGGAAGGCAUCAGCAUCCUGAGCUGACUAUUUCCUUCUUGAAGGCAGUUGCAGAAAUUGUAAAGGCUUCAAAGCUUGAGGCUUGUUCACUGUCCCUGCAAGCAGAGUCAUACCAUGAGCGUGUUAAGUCUGAGCUGUCUGAUGAUGGUGAUCUCUUGAAUCACGAUAAAGUAAAGCACAAAGAGCAAUUGGAAGAUAUAUUUUUUAAGCUCAAGGAAUCCAAAAGCUACAGACGAACCGUUGGAUCUAUUUCCAUUUCGUGUAUCACAGCUGCUACGCCUUUACUCGGUUCACUAAAGCAAACGGCAUGCUUAGUAGCCUUGGAAAUUAUAGAGGAUGGAAUCAUAGCACUUUCUGGAAUUGAAGAAUCAUACAAACAAGAGACAAAAACAAGGGAGGUCCUUAUACAAGCUUUACAAUUAUAUUCACUUCACGAUCUUGCAGAUACUCUGGAAUCAGAAAAUGAUGGAACUGACGAAAACCGGUUACUUCCAGCAAUGAAUAAAAUUUGGCCCUUUUUAGUUGCCUGUAUCCGCAAUGGGAAUCCACUGACAACUAGGCGAUGUGCUGGUGUGAUUAGUAGAACAGUCCAAAUUUGUGGAGGUGAUUUCUUUUCUCGCCGUUUUCACUCAGAUGGGUCCCACUUAUGGAAAAUCUUGAGCGGAUCCCCAUUUCAGAAACAACCCAUAAAUCUGAAAGAAAGAAGAGUUUUACAACUUCCAUACAGAAGCACUUCAAUGUCUUCAGAGGAUCAAAGGGCAGAAAUUUCGGAUUUGAAGGUACAGGUGGCGGUGCUGGAGAUGAUAGGUGAGAUAUCAGGAAACAAAAAGAGUGCUUCCGCAUUUGAAAGUGUUCUUAAGAACGUGAGCGGACUGGUGGUAGGGAUAGCGUGCAGUGGUGUCAGCGGACUUAGAGAUGCAUCUGUGAAUGCACUUAGAGGACUUGCAUCUAUUGAUCCUGAUCUUAUUUGGCUGCUACUUGCUGAUGUUUAUUACUCUAAAACGAGGGAAAUUGUUUUGCCACCACCACCUGUUAAAGAUUUACCUCAAAUCUUCCAACUUGUGCCACCACCUUCAUCCCACAAGGCGUACCUUUAUGUUCAGUAUGGUGGACAGAGCUAUGGUUUUGACAUCAAUUUUUCUGCUGUAGAAUAUGUUUUUAAGAAAUUGUAUUCUGAAGAUGUCAGCAUCUUUUGAUACUUGAUAUUUUUAAAGGUAAAUAUUGGCACAUAUUGCUCAAAGCAAGACUACAACUUGAGACCUAUUAUAGGAGGUUGAUUUUGUUAAUCGACUUGUUUUGUUGUUUUAGAGGAUAAAAAUAGUUUUUGUUUCAUUUGCUACAUUAUACUUGUAGAGUUAGCAUAACAUAUUUCAUCA